AUGCCGUGUUCUCCUCUAAAGAUCUCCCUCAUGGGUGGUCUCCUGGCAGGGGGAGGACAUAUCUCCUGGUUCAAGGGCCACCAGCCUGUCUCUGCCCAGAAGGGAGUGAUGGUGUCAGCUGAUGGGAGAGUUCUCCUCAUUGAGCGAGCCCAGUUUUCUGACGCUGGGAGCUACCGCUGUGUGGCAUCCAAUGUGGCAGGCAGCACAGAGCUGCAGUAUGGCCUACGGGUCAAUGUGCCUCCGCGCAUCACUCUGCCACCCAGCCUGCCGGGCCCCGUGAUGCUCCACAGCCCGGUUCGGCUGACCUGUAACGCCACGGGAGCCCCCAGCCCCAUGCUGAUGUGGCUGAAGGAUGGAAACCCUGUGUCCACUGCAGGGACCUCUGGCCUCCAGGUCUUCCCUGGGGGCCGGGUCCUCACGCUGGCCAGUGCCCGGGCUUCCGACUCCGGCAGCUACUCCUGCGUCGCCGUGAAUGCGGUGGGCGAGGACCGCCGGGACAUCAUCCUGCACGUCCACGUGCCCCCAAGCAUCCUUGGAGAAGAGCUGAAUGUGUCCGUCGUGGCCAACGAGUCAGUGGCCCUGGAGUGCCAGAGCCACGCUGUGCCCCCUCCCGUGCUGAGCUGGCGGAAGGACGGCCGCCCCCUGGAGCCCCGGCCUGGCAUCCGCCUCUCCGCAGACAAGGCCUUGCUGGAGGUGGACAGAGCCGGGGUGGCGGACGCAGGCCGCUAUACCUGCGAGGCGCGGAACCAGGCAGGCUGCUCGGAGAAACACUACAACCUAAAUGUCUGGGGUCAGCCUCUGCCCAUGGACGGGGCUGGCCUUGGGCAGGUGUCAGCUGUGGGGCGGCUGCUGUAUCUAGCACAGGCCCAGCCGGCCCAGGAGGGAACGUACACCUGUGAGUGCAGCAACGUGGCCGGGAAUAGCAGCCGGGACCAGCAACUGGAGGUGUUUGUUCCCCCUCAGAUCACGGGCCCCCGGGAGCCCCACACACAGCUGUCUGUGGUCCAGGACGAGGAGGCCACUCUGGAAUGCAACGCCACAGGGAAACCCCCGCCCAGGGUGACGUGGGAGCGGGACGGCGAGCCAGUGGGGGCCGAGCCUGGCCUGCGGCUGCAGAGCCAGGGUCAGAGGCUGCACGUGGAGCGGGCUCGGGCUGUCCACGCCGGGCGCUACAGCUGCAUGGCUGAGAACGUGGCCGGGAGGGCCGAGAGGAGGUUUGCGCUCUCUGUGCUGGUGCCCCCAGAGCUCGUUGGAGACUUUGACCCACUGACCAAUGUCACGGCUGUGUUGCACAGCCCCUUGACACUGCUCUGUCAAGCCACAGGCAUCCCGCCUCCAGGGGUCCUCUGGUUCCGAGGGGAGGAACCCAUCAGCCCUGGGCAGGACACCUACCUCUUGGCAGGUGGUUGGAUGCUGAAGAUGACCCGGGCCCAGGAGCGAGACAGAGGCCUCUACUCGUGCCUGGCAAGCAACGAGGUUGGGGAGGUGCGGAGGAACUUCAGCGUGGAGGUCCUGGUUCCUCCCAGUAUCGAGAACGAGGACCUGGAGGAGGCAAUCAAGGUUCCCGAGGGGCAGACGGCUCACCUGACGUGCAAUGUCACGGGCCACCCACAGCCCAAGGUCACAUGGUUCAAAGAUGGCAGGCCCCUGGCUGGCGGAGAUGCCCACCGCAUCUCUCCAGAUGGAGCCCUCCUGCAGGUCCCCCAGGCCAACCUGUCUAGUGCAGGCCACUACUCCUGUAUUGCGGCCAAUGCCAUAGGAGAGAAGACCAAACAUUUCCAGCUUAGCGUCCUGGUGGUUCCCACCAUCCUGGGAGUGAGCGAGGACGGUGCUGACGAGGAGGUGACCGUGACCAUCAACAACCCCGUCUCCCUGAUCUGCGAGGCGCUGGCCUUUCCCUCCCCCACCAUCACCUGGAUGAAGGAUGGGGCCCCGUUUGAGGGCUUGAACAACGUCCAGCUGCUCCCAGGCACCCACGGGCUGCAGAUCCUGAAUGCCCAGAAGGAAGACGCGGGCCAGUACACCUGCGUGGUCACCAAUGAGCUUGGCGAGGCCAUGAAGAACUACCACGUGGAAGUCCUCAUUCCCCCUUCCAUCUCCAAAGAUGACCCCUCCGGGGAGGUCGUCGUGAAGGAAGUGAAGUCCAAGGUCAAUAGUACCUUGACCCUGGAGUGCGAGUGCUGGGCCACGCCCCCACCCACCAUCAGCUGCCCGUGA